AUGGCCAGGACGUCACACGAGGUGGGCCUCUCCGCGGAGGAGCUCCAUGAUCUAGGAGGCCUGGCCAAGCUGCUGCACAAAUACCCCACACAAGGUCCUGCCACGCAUCUGUCGCGGAAACGCCGCGUUGAUGAGUACGACGUUGGCUCUUACGACACCAAGGAUCCCUUUGUCGACGACUCGGAGCUUGGUGUGGACGAGCCUACGCACGUCGUGCGUACGCAGGCAGACGGCUUCUAUGUCGCCAAGGGGCCCGUGGCCCUGGCGCGUGCUAAAGCAAGUACAAUGGAGUCCUCUCGGUCUGCCUCUGCCUUCCGAUCGAGCCUCGGUGCAGGUGUGGGCAAGGGAUGGGCGGCUGGUACGAACAAGUUGCUGGCAAAGCGCGCAGCGUCGCGCAAAUCGCAACAGUCGAGUCAGGCUGUUGGCCCCGACCCCAUGUCUAGUACGCCGUCGGAUGCUUCCACGACGCUGCCACCAGUCGCUGCGGGCAACCUGCCCAGCCCUGCUGCCGCGGAAUCACCUGUGCCGCCACCCGCUGCGCCUCCAACCGAAGAUGCAGCGCCAGUGAAUCCAGCGGCGCCAGACCAGGCCGACGCCAAGAAACUCACUGCCGAGGAGAAGCGGAAAAACAAGUAUCCAACCGUACCCGUGCAUCCUCAGCUCCAAGCCAUGUUCGACCAUCUGAAACAGCUCGUGAGCAAAGCUAGCUUUGCCGUAAAGACCAAAUUCCCGCCGGAACUCAAGCCGCCACUGAUCGAGACAGCGAAGCUGGCCGUGGAGUUGGACGAGUACAAUGACAACUUUUUCAAUUACCUGCCGUCGAUUUUCCCCUACAACCGCUUCACGAUGAUGAAGCUCACCAAACGAGAGUUUUUCCACAAGCACAUGGAGUACUUCCGCGAGCUGCAGGAGGAGCACCUCGACCGACUAGGCAAAAUGAUCGACGAAAGUUUUCCGACACAGCUGGCAGAAUACGAGGCGAUGUGCCGUGAGCGUGGCGUCGAAGGCAAGGACAACGAGGAUGGGGGUAUGGAGGAGGAGGGCGAAACCGCUGCGGACGAUUCGCGUCUGCAGCCAGAGGUGGAUGACACGACGAAGCGCUUCCGCUGGUCGGACGAUAUGCGCGAUGAACUGUUCACUAUUGUCACCGUCGAAAAUGCCAUGAGUGAAAUCCGGAACGAGAAACUCAAGCUGGAAAACUCGCCUGAGACAUACAGCGAAAUUAAUGCUCGAAAAACCGUGUACAAGCGCGUACGUAUGCCUGGUUGA